AUGAACCUCAACAAGCACCUCCAGACCAACGCCGCGUCGGAUGCCCUCGCGACCGCGCUCGUGCCCUUUGGUCUCUCGACCACCUUGCGCGUCGCCAACUGGGCGCAAACGCAUUUGCGCAAGCCCCGCGAAAGUACGAGUCGCAACGAGACCGCGAGCAUCUACAGCUUCAAGCACGCCGACGACCGGCACUGCCACGUGCUCCUCGAGCAGACCGUCGAGAGUCCGUUGGCCGAGCUCAUUCACGCCACUGUGCACUUUGACGAGACGCUGCUCGGCGUCUCGGCCCCGAUCGCGCACCACGCGUGGGCCGUCGGACGGCAGCACGCAUUUGAACUGCACUCGGCGUCCGUGCAGUGGGACCUCCUCUCGGCCGUCGGGCUGCGCGAACCCACGUUCUUUCUUCGCCACACGACGACGAUCGAGGCCAACGCUGGUGACGACGCCAUGUACGUGACGAGCGCGACGCUGGCGUCCGACAUCCAGGUGCUGUUGCAGGCGCAGACACCCGUGUUUGCAUUGCCCCGGCAGUUGACGCCGACCGUCUUUGGCCUCGCGCUCGUACCAAUCAAAGCGAACGCGACGCGGCUCCUUCUCGUGGGCGCGCUUCCGACCAAGCACGCCGCCCGCUUCGAGGUGCUCGGGCGCACGCUCUUGCAAAAGCUCACGCAGAGCGUCGUACACUGGCGCUUUGCUUCGUAUGUGGCGCCGACGCCGGUCGUGCCGUCCGACGGCAUUGAGUUUUGCACGGAAGUGCUCUGCUUCAACGCCGUCGACCACCGCCGCAAGUGCGGGCUCUGCCUCGAAAACAUCUGCAAGGCCUGCGACGGGACGCCCGACACGAAGCGCGGUGCGUGCAAGACGUGCAUGGCCAAAGUCGCUUCUUUGGUCAAUGACAAAGACGAGCAAGGUAAAGACACGGACCGUGGCGGUGCGACGCCAAUGGCAAUGACAAUGACGGCGCAAGGCCAACCCGACUGGCUCGCCUACCACGACGACCUGUGCUCGACGCUUCGUCCCGCGCCGAUUCUCGACGACACGAGUGACGACGACGACGACGACGAUUGCGACGACGACGACCACGGACCCUUCACGGUCGGUGCACCGCUCCAGCUGCUUGCGAUUCAGCGCCAGCGCAAACAGAUGCGUCUUGACAACUGCCUCUUUAUGGUCCAAGACUUGUGCUACGGCGAAGACCGCCAUGAGCUCACAGACGACAGUGAGAGCGAGUCAUAA